AUGUCACCAAUCGCCCUCGGGGUCACUGAUCCAGCCAUCAAGUCUCUUGCACGAUCCACGAAGCCACUCACGCCACUCGAAGCGAUGGGUCACGCCGGCAAGCCAGUAGCUACCAUUCCCAGAUUUGCAUCGUUCGCAGAAGAACGACGAUGGACACUUGAACACCUCGCCGGCGCCUUUCGAAUCUUUGGCCGUGAGGGCUAUGCAGAGGGUAUCGCCGGCCAUAUCAGCGUCCGAGAUCCCGAGUUCAGCGAUAGGCUGUGGAUCAAUCCCUUGGGUGUCCAUUUCUCCAUGAUGAAAGUCAGUGGUUUGAUUUGCCUUGAUAUGCGAGGGAACAUUGUGGAUGGUAACAGGUCCGUACCAGCGAAUGCUGCAGGUGUCUCGAUACACACUGCUUGCCAUCUGGCCCGUCCUGACGCACACGCUAUAUGUCAUGCUCACUCGCUAUAUGGUAAAGCAUGGGCUUCAUUCGGCCGUGAGCUUGACAUGAUCAGCCAGGAUGUGUGUUACUUUUACAAAGCACAUUCUGUGUAUCGCAACUACGGAGGCAUAGCGUUUGGUCAGGACGAAGGUACCAAUAUCGCGCGUGCGCUUGGCGACAGCAAAGCUGCGAUCUUGGUCAACCAUGGCUUGAUCACGGUUGGUGAAACGGUCGACGAGGCAGCAUAUCUUUACACACUAUUAGAGAAAAGUUGUCGGAUUCAGCUCAUGGUUGAAGCUACGGGGCUUCCAAAGGUGAUCGUACCUGAUGAUGAAGCGAUGAGCACAUUCCAAUCGGCCAGUCAACCUGAAACACUGUUCGUCGAGUUCCAGCCGAGUUACAUGCUCGAAGAGCAUCUCAACCCUGACUUCAAACACUAA